AUGUAUGGCUUCAAUCCUUAUACGAAUUCAGAAUUAGAAUAUGAUAUGUGGAUUCAAACUCAUACUCCUGGUGCAUUAAACACUACAUUCGGUGCUUAUCUUAAUAACUUAAUGGGAGAAAAUCCGAAUCCUGCCAUUGGUCGAAUUCUUGGAGGUUAUCCUAGAGGUAGUGGAUUUGGUACAUACGUCAGUACUCCUGCAAGUACGGCAUUUGGUCCAUACAACGGUAUUCCUGCAGAUAGUGGAUUUGCUGCAUAUGCAAAUACUCUUGGAGGAGGUGGACCCAAUGGUAGUUAUGGAAUUAGUGGAUUACGGGUUACUCCGGGCGGAGGUCAAUUUAGUGGUAGUUAUGGAAGUGGUGCAUUAGGAGGUACUCCGGGAGGUCAUCGAUUUAGUGGCAAUUAUGGGAAUGAUGGACUAGGAGGUAUUCCUGGAGGUAGUGGAUUCAGUGAUAAUUAUCGAAGUGGUGAAUUAGGAGGUAUGCCACAAGCUCGUCGAUUUAGUGGCAAUUAUGGAAAUGAUGGACUAGGAGGUAUUCCUGGAGGUAGUGGAUUCAGUGAUAGUUAUGGAAGUGGUGUGUUAGGAGGUACUCCGGGAGGUCGUCAAUUUAGUGGUAAUUAUGGGAAUGAUGGACUAGGAGGUACUCCUGGAGGUAGUGGAUUCAGUGAUAAUUAUCGAAGUGGUGAAUUAGGAGGUAUGCCACAAGCUCGUCGAUUUAGUGGCAAUUAUGGAAAUGAUGGACCAGGAAUCACUCCUGGAGGUAGUCAAUUUAUUGAUAGUUAUGGACAAGGUGCAUUAGGAGGUACGCCGGGAGUUAGUGUAUUCAGUGGUAGUUAUGAAAGUGGUGGAUUAGGAGGUAUUCCUGGAGGUGGUGGAUUCAGUGGUAGUCAUGGAAGUGACGGAUUAAGAAGUCCUCCUGGAGGUGGUCCAUUCAAUGUUAGUUAUGAAAGUGGUGAAUUAGGAGGUACUCCUGGAGGUCGCCGAUUUAGUGGUAGUUAUGGAAGUGAUGGACUAGGAAUUACUCCUGGAGGUAGUCAAUUUAUUGAUAGUUAUGGACAAGGUGCAUUAGGAGGUAUGCCGGGAGUUAGUGUAUUCAGCGGUAGUUAUGGAAGUGGUGGAUUAGGAGGCAUUCCUGGAGGUGGUGGAUUCAGCGGUAGUCAUGGAAGUGAUGGAUUAAGAAGUGCUCCUGGAGGUGGUGCAUUCAAUGCUAGUUAUGAAAGUGGUGAAUUAGGAGGUAUUUCGGGAGAUGGUGGAUUCAGUGGUAGUUAUGCAAGUGUUGGGCAAGGAGGUACUCCUGGAGGAAGUGAUACUCCUAGAGGUGAUGGAUCAAGAGGUACUCCUGGUGGUAGUGUACCUAGUGGGAAUUAUGGAAGUGGUGGGUCUGGAGGUGUUGGAUCUAGUGGUAAUGAUAAAACUAGUGGAUCUGGAGGUAGUCUUGGAGGUGGUGUAUCUAGGGUUAGUGAUGGAAGUGGUGGAUCAGGAGGUAAUACUGAAGGUGUUAAAUUUAUUUCUUUUAACGAUUAUGGUAAUUCGUAUGGAUAUUCGAAGGCAUGA